AUGCAGGAGGAAGAAAAUUUUACAAUUAGUUACCCAACAACACCAAUAGGCAGUUUUGAUCAUCAACGAAGUAUUGAUGAUAGCUUCUUCUCACGUCGAAGUCUUUCAAGGAUUGGGAGUAGAAGAUGUAAAACACCCACCCCGAGGACCUUCUCAAGAAGUGCAAGCCGGAGCACCACCCCGACGCCGACGACAUUAUUGAGAGAUAUGAGUCUAAGGCAAUCGUCAGAGACCGAAACCUCUGCCUCAAUAUCAAGAAAUAUGAGUCGAAGGCAAUCGUCAGAGACCAAAACCUCUGCCUCAAUAUCAAGAAAUAUGAGCCGACGGAGCACCUCAGAGACUGAAUUUCAUGCCACUCUAUCAAGGAAUAUGAGCCGGAGACGCCCAUCUGAGACUGAAAUACCCUCUCCAUCACCCGCAGCCUCUUCAUUGUCGGCACCUGCCUCUCCGGCGCCUGCCUCUCCAUCGCGGACUCUAUCACCUAGUGCCAAUAGAACAUCAGGCACGUCUGAUCAACCGGACAAACCUUCCACACCUCUGUCAAGAAGUAUUAGCAAGAGGAGCCCAACCCCUAUCGUGUUCUCUCGGACAACUGCACGAAAGAAAGCUCCUCCAGUUGAGAAGAGGCUUGGAUUCACACUUGAGCAGUUGUGCCAUGGAUGUGUAAAGAAGAUCAAGCUUACAAGAGAUGUCAUUAACGAUGCCGGGAUUAUUGUCCAAGAAGAGGAAAUACUGCAAAUAAACGUGCAGCCUGGAUGGAGGAAAGGUACGAAGAUUACAUUCCAAGGAAAAGGGGAUGAGAAACCAGGGUACCUCCCUGCUGACAUAGUCUUCUUGAUAGAUGAAAAGCGGCAUCCCUUGUACAAAAGAUCAGACCGCGAUGACUUGGAAAUGGCUGUUGAGAUUCCUCUGGUGGAUGCACUGGGAGGCUGCUCAUUUCCAGUUCCUCUGUUAGGAGGGGACAAAAUGAAACUCUCAUUCGAUGACAUCAUAUAUCAUGGCUACGAAAAGGUCAUCCAAGGACAAGGCAUGCCAUUGCUUAAGGAACCAACAAGGAGAGGUGACCUCCGGAUCACGUGUCUAAUAAACUUUCCGACAACUUUGAGUGAUGAAGAACGUGCAGAAGCUGUCAACAUUCUACAAAAUUGUUCUUAUGAUUAACAAUUCAA